UAAGUUUGGUGACAUCCUAUAAACAGCCUUAUCACAAGAUGGUAACAAUCAAAUCUUCCCUCUUGCUUUUGCCAUUGUAGAUUCUGAAAAUGAUGUAUCAUGGACAUGGUUUUUUGAGAAGAUACGAGGUAAUUUUUUAGAGCGGGCUAAUUUAGUCAUUGUUUUUUAUAAGCAUCUUAGCAUCCCAAAAGGAGUUUUAAGAGUGUUUCCUGAUGUUGAGUAUUGUGUGUGCACAAAACAUCUUUUAAGUAACUUGAAACUCCAUUUUAAGGAUCCACUACUUGAUAAGUAUUUCUUUAGCUGUGCUUAUGCCUACACUGUUGAAGAAUUUGAGCACCACAUGAGAUGCGUAGAGUAUGUUUAUUCAAAUAUUAGAGAUUAUCUUAGUAGUGUUGGUUUUGAGAAGUGGUCUCGAGCAUAUUCACGUAGACGAAGGUAUAGAAUGAUGAAAUCAAAUUCUGCAGAAAGUUUAAAUUCAGUGUUUAAAGAUCUUAGAGAACUACCUGUGGCAACGAUGCUUUGUUUAAUUAGGGAUGUAUUGCAAAAGUGGUUUUAUGAACGAAGUAAAGCUGCUUCUACAAUGAAGAGUCAUUUGACUUCUUGGGCUGAGAACAUUCUGCAUUUAGAACAUGAAAAGUCGAGAAGAUUAUUGGUUGAUCCAAUAAGUACAACCGAAUACCAAGUAACGAAUGGAAAUCAACAGUUUAUUGUGAAGUUAAACGUGGGAUGUUGUAGUUGCCGAGUAUGGGAUGUUGAAGAAAUUCCUUGUACACAUGCUCUUGCUGUUCUACGAAUGCUUAAUUUAGAUACCUAUUCUUAUCUAUCUGAGUUUUAUUAUAGAGAAACACUAUCAGCAACAUACUAUGGUUGUAUUCAACUUAUUGGAUCUCAUUUUGAUGAGAGAGUUGUAGAUUCUGUCACGAAAAUAUUACCUCCAGUCUUUAAACGGCAGGCUGGAAGACCAAGAAAACAAAGAAUUCCUUAUGUUGACGAAUUUAGUAGUUCAGCCAGAUGUUCCAAUUGUAAUCGUAAAGGAUAUAACAGUAGGACUUGUAAGUAA